AUGGUAGAUUUGAUGACAUAAUUUUCAUUUAGAUUGCUUAAAUGUUAAGCAUUGAUUUUUUUUUAAAAUAUCCUAGAUUUGAAUAAGAUCUUUAAUUUAUUGAAAGUUUAAAUAAAGGUGACAAUAAUUGCAUUCCUUAUCCAAAUAAGAAUAAAAAAAAUUAAAGAAAUAUUUUAAUCAAUUAUAAAAGGAAAUUUCAAAAUCAUUCUUAAAAUAUUUCAAAUUUAUAUAUUUAUUUGAAUAUACAGAGACAUUUUGGCAUUUUGAUAAUGUAAAAUUUUAUGGAUAAUAUCUAAUAUUUAACAUCUAUUUGAUUAAAGAAUUAGCAUCUAAUUUUAUUGAGACAUUGAAAGUAAAUUCAAAUUAUUAGCGUUUCAUACAUUUAUUUGAAUAUUAAUUAGAUGUAAUUGAUGCAAUGAUGGGAAAUAUUGAUCCAAAAAGUAACGCAAUUACAAAUAUUUAGAGAAAAAUUAACAUGAAUUUCAUCUUAAUAGAUAUAAAGAAAAAACCCCUUAUUUAUGCCAUUUUAACAUAUUUAAAAUGCAAAUAUCAUCUUAAUUUAUGUGACUAUGAGAAUGAGUUGAUAUACUCUGAAAAAGUUCUAAGAUAUAUUGCUACUUAAAAUAAGAUAAAGUUAUAAAUUCUAUAAUUAACAGAAGAUCAGUAAGAUGUAGGAAUUAAUUUAGGUAUAUAAAUGUCCACUCCAUAAUUUCUUUAAAGAAUUAAAAAUAUUGGAAUACAACUAUCUUAUAGAUGA